UCGCGCGAACGUGCGCACAAUUGGGGCGCGUCUCCUUUAAGAGCGCGUGACGUCACCGUCGAACGUGUCCGCGCUGGAGAAACGAACCCGGGUCCUUCGCCUUGUAAUCCGGGGAAUUAGAAGCUCGCGCUUGAUCCGGCCGGACAGACACGUUUCCACAAAUGUGGUUUUAAAGUUUCAGUUUGUGGUCGUGAGCUUUGUAAGGGGAGAUGAUGAUGAUGAUGAUGAUGAUGAUGAUGUUGUUGAUGUUGUGACGUUACAUGAUUGAUGAGGUCGGAAGAGUGACCAGACCAGACCAGACCAGUACAGUAGUAGUAGAGGCGGAUCUCGGUCGCUCGGCUCCGUCAGCAGAAGCAGGACCAGAAGCUGCAGGACAGGCAGGCAGGCAGACCAGCAGGACAGGAGUGGACGAGACACACGUCGUCCGUCCGCUGCCUGUGUUGCGUGGGCCGCUCCGACUCCAGAGCCGCGGAUCUGGGCCGCGGGACCGAGGGGAGCCGCUCGGGAAAAUGGGCUCGGCGGAGCACAUAGAUAUGGAGGUGAUGACUCCCCUCAUGGAGGACUCGGGGCCUUGUUCCGAGGAGACCUCUGAGGAGGACCACGACCCCGAAUUAGUUCCGGUACAGAGACAUUAUGAGCUGAGGAGCCUCCAGGGCAUCACGUUUCCUCAAACCCUCAUCCACUUGCUGAAGGGCAACAUUGGGACGGGUCUCCUGGGCCUCCCGCUGGCUGUGAAGAACGCAGGCAUCGUCGUGGGUCCCGUUUGCCUCAUGCUGAUGGGAGUGGUGUGUGUUCACUGCAUGCACAUCCUCGUCGCCUGCAGCCACCACCUUUCCGAAAGGUUGAAAAGACCCCCGAUGGGGUACAGCGAGACGGUGGCCUUGGCCAUGGAGAACAGCUCGCACAGGUGCGUCCGAAAGGGCGCCGCCUUCGGCAGGCACCUGGUCAGCUUCUUCCUCGUGUUGACGCAGCUGGGCUUCUGCAGCGUCUACUUCGUGUUCCUGGCGGAGAACGUGAAGCAGGUGGUCAAAGGCUACUGGGGGAACAGGACGGAGGCCCCCGGUGCUGCUGGCAACGUCACCGCAGAGAUGAGCCCCGGGACCCCUGUGGAGAGUUGGGGUCUCGACCUGCGCCUCUACAUGCUCUUCUUCCUACCCUUCCUCGUCCUGCUCGUCUUCAUCAGGGACCUGAAGAACAUGGCGGUGCUGUCUUUCUUGGCCAACCUGUGCAUGGCUGUCAGCCUCGUCGUCAUCUUCCAGUACAUCCUGAGUGACGUGGGGUCGCCGCACAGACUCCCUUCGACAGCCAGCUGGAGGAAGUUCCCCUUCUUCUUCGGCACGGCCAUAUUCGCCUUCGAGGGGAUUGGCGUGGUGCUCCCAUUAGAGAACCAGAUGAAGGAGCCAAAGAGAUUCCCCCAAGCGCUCAACAUCGGCAUGGGCAUCAUCAUCGUCCUCUAUGUGGCUUUGGCGACACUGGGUUACCUCCACUUUGGCGAUAACAUUAAAGGCAGCAUCACCCUCAACCUCCCUCAGAAUGCAUGGACCAACCAGAUGGUGAAGAUCCUCUACUCCUUUGGCAUCUUCAUCAGCUACGCCCUGCAGUUCUUCGUACCGGCAGAGAUCCUGCUGCCCCCGCUGAGGGCCCGGCUGCCGGAGCGCUGGAGGGGCCCCUGUGAGCUCGUCGUCCGCACCCUGCUCGUCUCCCUCACCUGUGAGUAACUGCCGUACCUGGUUACCUUACCUGUGAGUGUGUGCCCCUACUUGUGCGCCUCCAGCCCGCCCCGGUCUAACCCCUAAGUAACUCUCAGCUGAAGUGUAUUUACCGCGGUACGCAAGGCCCUCCUCGUUCUGCUUCCUGCUGCCAGGAGGAGUGAGACGGGUCUCAGCUGUGUUUGUAAACAGCUAAAUGAGUUGUGGGCACGAAGGAAGCAGAGCCGGUCAAACACAAUUGAUCAAAAUCCCACUUCCAGGAUCUUCUGCGGAACAGGGAUGACGGCGGCGUCACGUCACGUCACGAGCCCCGACGUUCGGUCGUAACCCCAAACCCUGACCGCUCCAUCUGCUGUACCGUACUGUCGACAGGGGUCGCGCUGCCAUAAGGAACCACGUUUCACCAUGUUUCUUAUGGACUCCGUCAGUCUUUCAAUGAGCGACUGCGUUUUAAUGACAAAAAUGUUGUUUUAUUUCCAUUGAAGUUACUUUUUGUUUACAAUGACCAGAAAGGGAAUAACUGAGUGUGCUGGCGGUGCAGAAAAGGAAAAGCAAAAGAAAACAGAUUUAGAAAUGAAAGUGAAAAAUAUAGUGGGGCAUAAAAAUACUAUACAGUGCUGUGUAUUGUUAUAUUAAUAUUAACAUGAAUAAUGUGUGAAGAUAGUGAAAUGUAAAAAGUAUAAAAAAGUCCGAUUAUAUAAUGCUGCAUUCCUCUGUGUUAUUUAUUUAUCCCUAUUGUUCAUGUAAUACAGUAUAAGGGGGUUUGCGACUGUCGACAAAGUUGGCUCACAUUAAGGUCAAUGGGACAGAACACUGUUGUAAGUCGACAGCCCCCCUGUCUAAUGAACACACACACACACACACACAGGCUUCUUUGGGGCUGUAGUGGGUUUGUAGUGACAGGUCAAGAUUUUAGCGAUGGGGUGUAUAAAGUGUCCUUUCUAUGAGUUUGUGUUUGUAUGUGGGUGUGUGUGCGUGUGCCGUUUGGCAUUUUGGCCUAAUGGGAGGAUUUAACCGCCCCAGGGUUGGUGUGAUGUUCUUUCUCUGUCGCCCCCUACUGGCUGGUGCAACAAUGGCACAGACCCCUCUUUGACAGUCACCGCAGUGAACCUUGCUGACCGCCGUACUUUGGUUGUUAUGGAAACCACCAAACAAAUUUGCUCAAUGCUCAAAUGCAUUUCA